ACUCCACCUCUGUGGUGAAGAAGCAAGCUUGCCUGUCACUAUUGACCCCCCCUCUAUCCACCUUCAAUGUCAAAUCUCUGUCUCCAAAGUGGAGAGAAUUACCAAGGCUUUUGUAUACAAUCAAGACCAAGGAACAACAGCACUAGUCCUAUACACAGAGCUUGACUUUUUCCCUUUUCUACAAUCAAAGCUCUCUUCUUCAAGGUUAUAUCCUCUUUGUCUUUUUUCUUUUUUGGAAAACAUUGGGUCAAGAGGACAGUGGGAAGCAGCCCCUGAGGAUUUUUACAUUUUCUUCUCCGCUGUGUGAUUUUAUUCUCUCCUGUGCUUGGUGCUUGUUGGAGGGGGCCUAAAUGAGGUGGUGUGGCUCAGGAAGCUUGGGGAGAGCAGGAACUCUCCUUGCUCUGCUGUUUCCCCUCUGGGAGCUGGGCUGCUGGGGGUUGAUCUCCGCCUCUGGGGGCCAGAACCAGGCGCAGCACACUACUGUGGGCCCCUGGGAGAUGCUUCGCAGGCACAAACGCAGCUGGGUAUGGAACCAGUUCUUUGUCCUGGAGGAGUACACAGGCGAGGAACCUCUGUAUGUUGGCAAGCUCCACUCAGACGUGGACAAAGGGGAUGGCAAGGUGAAAUACGUGCUUUCAGGAGAGGGCUCCACCUCCAUCUUCACCAUUGAUGAGAACACGGGAGACAUCCACGCCACCAAGCGCCUGGACCGGGAGGAGCAAGCCUAUUACACGCUUCAGGCCCAGGCCGUGGACCGGAUCACCAACAUCCCUGUGGAGCCCAGGUCUGAGUUCCUGGUCAAGGUCCAGGACAUCAAUGACAAUGAGCCCAAGUUCAUGGACGGGCACUACAUGGCCGGGGUACCGGAGAUGUCAGCAUUGGGAACAAUGGUGGUCCAAGUGGCAGCCACAGACGCAGAUGAUCCCACAUAUGGGAACAGUGCCAGGGUGGUCUACAGCAUCAUCAGCGGACAACCCUACUUCUCAGUGGAACCAAAAACAGGCAUCAUCCGGACAGCGCUGCCCAACAUGGACCGAGAGGUGAAAGACCAAUACAUUUUGGUCAUCCAGGCCAAAGACAUGGUGGGCCAGAUGGGCGGCCUUUCAGGCACAACCUCUGUCACGAUCACUCUCACCGACGUCAACGACAACCCGCCACACUUCUCUCGUAAGAACUAUCAGUACACUGUGCUGGAGUCCUUGCCUGUGGCAUCCGUGGUGGCCAGGGUCAAGGCUGUGGAUGCAGACAUAGGCCCCAAUGCAGAGAUGGAGUAUAGGAUCAUGGAGGACGGACCUGGGUUGUUCAACAUCACUACAGAUGAGGACACGCAAGAGGGUGUCAUAACCCUUCAAAAGCCGUUAGACUUUGAGACCAAGAACAGCUUUAAUGUGCGAAUYGAAGCCACCAAUCGGAACAUCGACCCUGCGUUUGUGCACCUGGGUUCGUUCAGCGACACAACGUCGGUCAAGGUGAUGGUGGAGGACGUGAACGAGUCGCCUGUGUUCUCAACGCAGCUCAGCAGGAUGGUGGUYUCUGAGGAUGCCAGAGUUGGCACCUUUAUCGGGAGAGUCGCCGCGCACGAUCCGGACUCCUCCAACAGUGCCAUCAGGUACUCCAUAGAUAGAAACACAGACCUGGAGCGUUUCUUCAAUGUGGAUGCUCUGAGUGGGGUCAUCAGUACUGCCAAGCCCCUGGACCGAGAGGUCAACUCUGUCCACAACCUCACCAUACUCGCCAUGGAGAGUCGUAAGAGCACACACACGCAGCUUUCCACAUCAGGCCUCAAAGUCAGACUAGUCAGGGAUCCAACAAAGAUUGGAAAAGGUUUUGUGGCCAUCACAGUGCUGGACAUCAAUGACAACGCUCCGGUGUUUGCCAUCGCGUAUGAGACCCUCCUAUGUGAGAAUGCAGCUCCUGGACAGGUCAUCCAGACCAUCAGCGCCGUGGACAAGGAUGAGCCUCCCAGUGGUCAUCGCUUCUACUUUGCCCUACCUGCGUCUGUGGCUAGCAACAGCAACUUCACUCUCCGAGACAACAAAGACAACACGGCGUCUAUCGUAACGAAACGUGGAGGGUUUCGAAGACAGAAGCAGAUGCUGUACCGACUGCCCGUGUUGAUUGUCGACAGUGGAAGCCCCGCCCUCAGUAGCACCAACACCUUAUCAGUGAACGUGUGUGACUGUGACUCGGACGGUGUGGCCCAAUCGUGUGGAGCCAUGCCAUACACACUUCCUGCCGGCCUCAGUACAGGGGCCCUGUUCUCCAUUCUGGGAUGCAUCAUUACACUGCUGGUGAUGGUGCUGCUGAUCGUGUCGAUGCGUCAGAGGAAGAAGGAGCCAUUGAUUCUGGAGGAGGAGAGGGACGUGAGGGAGAACAUCGUCCGCUACGACGACGAGGGUGGAGGAGAGGAAGACACRGAGGCCUUCGACAUGGUAGCCCUCCGCAACCUCAACGUCAUCAGAGACCCCAAGGUCCGGCGAGACGUCAUCCCUGACACCCACACCUUCUUCCCCUACCCGACGUCCUCCUCGCAGGCUGUCCACAAAACCCUGCCAGACAAUGUGGUGUUCAGAGAGUUCAUCUGGGACCGGCUGAAACAUGCAGAUGUUGAGCCGUCAGCUCCGCCGUACGACUCUUUGCAGACGUACGCCUUUGAGGGGAGUGGAUCGGUAGCUGAAUCGUUAAGCUCCUUGGAGUCGCUAAGUACAGACUCAGAGCAGAACUACGACUAUCUCAGCACCUGGGGGCCACGUUUCAAGAAGCUAGCCGACCUGUAUGGCAACAGCGACGGCAAUAGCAAUGGCAACAGCGUGUUGUCAUAGCCAAAACUUUCCUGAACUUAGACAACAAAUGUGUUAUGAUAAAAAAAGAAAAAGAACAACUAAACUACCAAAGGGCAGAGAAGGGGGUSAGAGUCUGAAAACAAAGUGAGAUUGGGAAAAUACAAAUGACUUCAAAGGUUGGGUUUGUUUAUGUGCCUUGGAUUUUGGAUUUUAAAAGGGGUGACUUGGCAAGUUUUGACAAGUCAUUUCAAAAGUGAGUUGACUGAAGAGGAAACCUUGUGAGCAAAAACAUUAAAGGUUUUCAAAGUUGGGCUGAGGUCCAGCGUACAUGGUAGGCUACAGUAUAUUUAUGUGGAGAAACCUGUUCUCUCAUUCCUGACAUGGGCACAGACCCAGCAGUCUUGCAUUGAUGCAUUCUCUUGCUCUUUUCGUAAAAAACAACAACACUUUUCUCCUGAAGUGCCCGGUCCCCGGUGGCUAAUCGGUAGAGUAGUCACUCAACUAUUCAUUUGAAAGUCAUGAAGAGUGUCAACGUUUUGUUUUUGUUCUGUGUUUUUCACAGAGACUAUGAAGAAAAUAUAUUAAGUCAGACUCACAGAGAAAAACCAAUCAUCAAAUCAAAUCAAAUUGGUCACAUACACAUAUUUAACAGAUGCGGGUGU